AGGCAAGUGACGGACAUCGCAGGCGGAACUGUGAGACGAAACACUUCCGCAAUUGCUAUUUUCAUCUCUAUUGAAUCAUAUUCAGUUGGCCAUGGUAGACACAAACCCACCCCCAACGAACUCUGCAGAUCCAGCUUCAGACCUCUAUGACCAGAACCAACUGACCCUUCCCCCAAAUGCCCUCCAAACUUUAAUCUACGAACACCUGGUCCACAACUGCUAUAGCGAAACCGCUAGAGCUUUCAAUGCAUCUUGUCGCAUUGAUUCCCAUUUCGGCCCGGAUGAAAAACGGCUUGAGUUGGACGACGACGGAGAUGUUGAAAUGAGUGAAGGGGUGACGGCGGCGCAAACCCUCGAGCCUCGGAAAAGAGUGUGGGAAAUGAUAGUCAAGGGGCAAAUUCCAGAAGCGAUUGAGUUCUGUAAUGAUGCUUUUCCUGGGGUGCUGGACGGGACAACAAAGGAGAGUGUGGAUAUUCUUUUUGAAUUGCAAUGUCAGAGAUUUGUGGAGUGUGUCAGACAAAGGUGCGCGGUGGAUGCCCUGGCAUUUGCACAAGAAGAACUUGGAAAAUUCAUUUUCCAUGGACCACAGUACUUGACUGCUCUGAACCGCAUCAUUGCGUUGAUAGCGUAUGCAGAUCCAGAAACAUCUCCAGUUGCCGAAUUUUUGUCACAGAAACGGCGAGAGGAAGUUGCAACCAUGUUGAAUAGCUAUAUUUUGUCGUACCACAGCCUGCCGCCAACAACGACAAUGGAACGUAUUGUUCGUCAAGCGACGGUCGUGCGGGAGGCAUUAGGAGAGGCACCGAAGGAUGGGAAGAAGAGCGGGAAGCCACAACAUCCUAAAUGGCAGCUUUCAAUACUGGUGGGUGAGGCGGGUGUAUAGAUGUUGUGACAAGACUUUUUCAAACUAUUUUCGGUAUUGGGCUCAAAUUCCGUACGAGUUGUGUUUCGAGUCCGGUAUCUAUGUCUGCGACGCAUGUCCUACCUAUCGCCGACGGGUACUACCCAGUGUCAUGUCAUGCUUUACCCUUUUGGGUUGUUUUCAUUCGUCAUUUGCAGAAGUUGCAAUAGAUUGACCACCGCUGGAUUGACAUACAAUCAUUGCCCGUACACUAGUUGGUGUAUAAGGAAACAAAGUUCUCUCAAUGUGGCACACACCAAUCAACC